CACGGAACGGGGCGUGCCGUGUGCAACCCCCGCGCGGACCCUAUUGAUGGGGGAGGGGUCUGCCCCUGCCCUGCAGGUCUCGCUGUGCACAGAGGUGGUGCAUGGGGCAGGGGCUUGGCAAUUCCCCGACACGCGCGCUUGGUCGCAGUUCAGCGUGGGUCGAGAUGCCCUCAGCUUCUGAGCCACCGAGCGCCCCAAACGAAGCUCCCAAGGAAAGGGGCUAUCGGAGCCCGGGACUCCGGGGUGUGCGAACCACCACGCUGUUCCGCGCCGUGAACCCCGAGCUCUUCAUCAAACCUAACAAACCUAUAAUGGCAUUUGGACUCAUAACAAUCACACUAUGUGUGGCCUACAUUGGUUACUUACAUGCAACACAAGAGAAUAAAAAAGACCUCUGUGAAGCUAUUGACAGUGAAGGAACCAGAUCUCCCUGAGUUGCCUGUCUUUAUACCUCCUCCAGACCUGCAAACUUGUCAUGGCAACCACAUGUGUUGUUGGCAGAGGCGACCACCUUGCACAGUUUCCAUCAGCUCUAAACAGCAGAAAGGACGAAGUGAACUCCCUGGUGCUUGCCUAGCCCACAGAGUGGCACAGCCUCAUCAUAUUGUCCAAGGCAGUGAUGGCUACCUUGCCUCCUGCUUCACUUCUGUCUCAUGUAAGGUCUGUGGGAGGGUGUUCCUUGCCAGAGUUCAUUUGCUGUUCCCCUGUCCUACAAGCCCCCAGCUGCCUUCAAUAUACCAUCUAUGGUGGCUGCAUACUAUUAAGCUGGUGGCCAAGUGCUAUUUAUUUUUUCACCCUUGUGUUCUUGUUCUGUUAUCUUGUUACCUCAUGUCUACCCGCAGAGUUCUUGAGGGUGUUAUCCCUUAGCUCAGGGGUGGGCAAAAUGCAGCCCAGGGGCUGGAUGUGACCUGCCAGGCCAUUCUAUCUGGCCUGCGGGGCCCCUAAAAAAUUUAGAAAAUGAAUAUUUAUCUGCCCCGGCUGCCUGCCAUGUGGCCCUCAAUGGCUUGCCAAAACUCAGUAAGUGGCCCUCCGCCCAAAAUAAUUGCCUGCCCCUGCUAUAGAGCAUGGAGAAGAAAGCUGCUUCAUUUGAGUACAGACAGAAAAAAAGCCAGACCAGUAAAGACUGAGGGACAAAAUUACAGAACAAGGAUCCUGGGAUUGAGGAAGUGAAGGAGAUGCGGGGGGGGAAAUGGGAGGGGGUGCUGGGAUUCGGGACUAUAACUAUGUAAUAUUGUCCCUCAGUCAGCCCAGGGCAGAUUAAUAUUAAUUUUCUAAUUUUUUUAGGGGCCCUGCGGGCCAGAUAGACUGGCUUGGUGGGCCGAUUCCGGCCCAUGGGCCACAUUUUGCUCACCCCUGCUCUAUAGGCCCAGCAGGAGGGUCCAUGAGACACUCCCAGCUCUGUCUGACCUGGAGCUAAUCAGAUCCACCCCACAUCAACCAAGUGCAACAAUUACAAGGGAAGUCCUGUUCCAUUCCACCCUGGAGUAUACCCAACAUGAACAGAAUCUUCGGGAAUCUUUGCUAAAACUAUUAAAUAUCUACUGAGCAUGUGCAAACUUAUUUUCCAGAACACGGCAGCUUGGCCGAAUGUGGGUAGACUUUUAACCAGGAUGGCAAAAGGCACAUCUCUGAUGGAGUCUGCGUGCCUCAGCGAAAAUCAAAGUGUCUGCUGCAAAGCAUGGAGGCACUAAGGCAUUCAAUAAAGGUCACCAGGAUUUGUAAAAUAGGGAAGAACCAUUUUUUUCCUAGCCUUAUCUUCAGGAGUAGAUGAACCAUUUGGCUGAAUAUUUUUCAACUUGAAGUAGGCAGCCAGUUUGAAUUUAAACCCAGAUAAUUAAAGUAUUAUAAAAUGUACUGCUGAGAGGGAAAAAAUCCUAUAAAAGGUGUCAUAUAUCUAAGAGUAGAUGCUUUUACCACCUUAUACAAUUGUACUUAUUUCAACUAAAUAAAUAUGUUGGAAUACACUUAGAGACAUUUUAAAUAAAAUUAUAAAAUGUUUGUGGGGAAAACUUGUUCAUGUCAUUUUAGUGGAUCCACUGAUUUUAAUGGAUGCAUUUAAGAGAGAGUUUUUAAAAAUGUAAUUAUUCUAAUAUAGUCUCCCAAAUUAUAAAUAAAUGUUGUAAUCUCUGAAAGCAUAAUUUUCAGUAGGCUCCUGGAUACCUCAUGAUAUUGUAGUCUUGAGUCAAAUCCAAGAAUCCAAGAGCUUGCAAAUAAAGAAAAAAAUGCCUUUUGAAUGAUAAAAGGAAUACUUUUCAAAACCAACUGCCUAAGAGAGUUCCAGAUAGCGUGUUCAUGUAUUCAGAGUCAUCAAAUGCUUACCCUGGAGGGUAACACUUGGUUUCUUCAGUUACAAGACAAGAAGAACCCUUGUUUUUUAAAUGUACGAUGUGGGUUUUGAUGUCUGGUUCUUCAAUUAAUUAAAAUAUGUUAGGCUUAUAUUAUUUGAAACUACUGUAAAAUGACUUCAAAACCAGUGUUCCCCUGCAAAUAGGGUUUUAAAUAAAUAGUAUGUAUUUAACAAA